UUUUUUCGCCUCCCAUGGUGACUGGUACUCAGUUAGUGACCGAUAUUUCUCCCCUAGCCACUCUGUUCCCUUCUGAUUAGCCCCAGAGAGAGGAAGCAGACUCCUUUGAGACUCAACCCUACCCUGUGGGAACACUCAGUCCAGGCAUCACAUCCAGUGCCCAGUCCUCUGCCUGCCCUCCCUUUGAUACCAGCCCAACUCAAGCACCUGAAAAUCAUUAGCAGAGACUCUCAAAGGAAAAGGGGCUUCAAGUUCAUGUCACCCAGGGCCACAGUAUACGGCCCUGCAAGCUGUCCACCGCGCAAGCCCAGGGAGCACCCUUUUCUUGGAUACGAUGCAAUAUGUAUGGAUCCUGCCAUCCAACCCAUCCAAGCAGGAUUCCAGAGACCUCAAGGCCAUCCUUGGAGAGCUCUCAUUUUCAGGUAGUUCCUUGCACCAAGCCAAAAUCUGUCCCCACAUCCACCCAACAGUGGUUCACACCCUGGUCCCUAUUCUGCCCUCUGGAGUCCUACAUACAAAGCCUAAUCACCUGUUUCAGACCCCACCCAGGCCUCCUGGGUUCCAACCAAGCCAAGAGGCAAUUGUGUUACUGAAGGAGACCCCUCCCUUGUCCCCCCUCUGCAGUGGGGAUAGAUGGAAAGAGCAAGGCUUAGGAUAACCUCACACAUAGGUGGCCCUGCCCCUGGCAUGCCCACCUCUCUCUGCUGCUGCUGCACACCUCAAGCCUGUCUCCCAGCCUGAAACACACAGGCCCAGUGCAAAAGUAAAGCAGUCAGGAAGUCAGGGAGAAAACACUGCAUUCCUGCUUCCUUCUCAGCAAGUUUCCCAAGCAGUGGGCCUCCUCGGGCACAAAGCAAUCUCCACGGCCAGGGUUCCCUCAGGAUGCUCUUUGGGGAAAGAGCCUCCAAGCUUCCUGAGAGCCCACCCACCAUCCCAGCUGGUUAUUCCCUCUGACGGUAAGCAUUCCAGGGAGUGUGGAGCAGCCACCACCAGUAUUCCUCCCUGGGACUCAUACAGUCCCAGUUUGGGGAUAAGACAAAAGUUUCCCUGGGAGGAUGCCAGGGAGGACACUGGCAUCCUCUCAGCUCCCAGGAAAAGGGUCAUGGACACAUCCCCUCCUGGAGGCCAGUGACAUUUGCCUGUCCCACACCCCCUUGGGCUAUGCUACCUAUAUCCAGGAACCAAAGGCAACACCCAGCUCCUUUCACUGUCAUGGGUUCUGGGGACAAAUGAUAACCCACUGGACACAGGCAGGACGCCUUUCCCCAACCAAGAAAUUAAGGAAUCAAGGGCUGAGCUGGGAACAGGAGCUGCAGGGAAGGAGAUGGACUGGACCUGGAUUCAGGUGGGCCCUGGGCAGGUCCCCAGGAACCGAAUGCCUAUGAGGCACACUCAGUGGAGGGCAAAGGGGAGAAAUAAGCCCAGAAGCAGCAAAGUGACAAGAGAGGACUACGAGUAGCAUCCAGGAAUUCAGCAGAGGUCAGCGAGCUUGGGAGAGCUAGGGCAGGCAGAUAAGGUUCUGGGCUGUUCCUCUUUGGGGCAACAGCCAGAGAAAUAGCUCAGCUAGUUGCAUAACCCUUCUAUUUGCCCAGAGCUUUUGUCCAGAAACUCUCUGUCCUGAGAGGUGAUUAAAGAAGACAUUCAGCAAGAACUGCACAAGAAACGGAGUCAGCCGGAGAACAAGGAGUGGUCUUCCACUGCCUCACAGGAGGAUGGAGGCCCACAACGCAUCUGCCCCUUUCAACUUCACCCUGCCACCCAACUUUGGCAAGCGCCCCACAGACCUGGCACUGAGCAUCAUCCUGGUGUUCAUGUUGUUCUUCGUUAUGCUCUCGCUGGGCUGCACCAUGGAGUUCAGCAAGAUCAAGGCUCACUUAUGGAAGCCUAAAGGACUGGCCAUCGCCCUGGUGGCACAGUAUGGCAUCAUGCCCCUUACGGCCUUUGUGCUGGGCAAGGUCUUCCAGUUGAACAACAUUGAGGCGCUGGCCAUCCUGGUCUGUGGCUGCUCACCUGGAGGGAACCUGUCCAAUGUCUUCAGUCUGGCCAUGAAGGGGGACAUGAAUCUCAGCAUUGUGAUGACCACCUGCUCCACCUUCUGUGCCCUUGGCAUGAUGCCUCUCCUCCUGUACCUCUACACCAGGGGGAUCUAUGAUGGGGACCUGAAGGACAAGGUGCCCUAUGGACGCAUCAUAUUAUCACUGGUCCCGGUUCUCAUUCCUUGCACCAUAGGGAUCGUCCUCAAAUCCAAACGGCCACAAUACAUGCGCUAUGUCAUCAAGGGAGGGAUGAUCAUCAUUCUCUUGUGCAGUGUGGCCGUCACAGUUCUCUCUGCCAUCAAUGUGGGCAAGAGCAUCAUGUUUGCCAUGACACCACUCUUGAUUGCCACCUCCUCCCUGAUGCCUUUUAUUGGCUUUCUGCUGGGUUAUGUUCUCUCUGCUCUCUUCUGCCUCAAUGGACGGUGCCGACGCACUGUCAGCAUGGAGACCGGAUGCCAAAAUGUCCAAUUGUGUUCCACCAUCCUCAAUGUGGCCUUUCCCCCUGAAGUCAUUGGGCCACUUUUCUUCUUUCCCCUCCUCUACAUGAUUUUCCAGCUUGGAGAAGGGCUUCUCCUCAUUGCCAUGUUUCGGUGCUAUGAGAAAUUCAAGACUCCCAAGGAUAAAACAAAAAUGAUCUACACUGCUGCCACAACUGAAGAAACAAUUCCAGGAGCUCUGGGAAAUGGCACCUACAAAGGCGAGGACUGCUCCCCUUGCACAGCCUAGCCCUUCCCCUGGUGGCCUGGAUUCUGGUCCCAAAGCAAUUCUGAAAGCCAGUCUGGUCAACUACAGAGAGCAGCAAAAACAACAGUCUUGCCUGAGUCUCUCUCCAGCAUUUCCAGUACAUCUAUCAGAAUCAUCAAGCCUUGGCCGGGAACACAGACAGGGUGUCUGCCCAAGAAGCCUCAACUAUCCCCAACUUAAGAAUUUGCUACUUAUUUCAAAGACUUGUUCAGUGACUGGAAAUUCUAUGAAACCAGAAACCAAAUCUGCCUCUUGCCAGGAUCUCUGAAACAGUGCCUGAUAAGCAUCUUAAGUCACUCAAUUCCUGAACUAAUCAAUAUAUAUGUUUAACCCAUUACUCAAAUACCCAAAUCCCAUUCCAAGUUUUGUGACCCAAAAGAGAAAUAAAUAAAUGCUCAAGAAUGCUGUAGAA